CUGCUCGGUCCCUGAAGAACAGACUUGAUUGUAGAGCUGGCAUCUACUUUCAGCUCUGUAGGACUUUUAGAACAUUUUAUAGGCCUUUGGAACAGUGAGGUUUUAUGUCUGAUCAGAGCAGUGAAUCCAGGUGCUUUUACAGAAGAAUUGACCGUAUUUAUUGUGUCUGAAGCAGGAAUUCAGAUCAUCAGAGACGGCUCUAGUUGAGCUAUCCUCUAUACAGUAGAUAGCAGUAUUCCGAUCAGUCAAGUGUUGUAAAAGGUUUUUAUCGUUCCUCCUGUGCGCAUAUAUCCAUUUGGAGAAAGACAAGUGUCAUUCGCAAGUGAAGUAAAGACAAUGUACAAUACCGUUUGGACUACGGAAAAAUACGAAGAUGAUUGGAGGGACGUGAUGAUGCCAUAUUCCACAGAAUUAAUAUUUUAUAUUGAAAUGGACCAACCACCUCCAGCUCUUCCUCCCAAGCCGGCCAAGCCCAUGACUCCAGUGAGCAGCAGCAACGAUGUGAAGGAAGGGGCUGAGGGAUCGCUACAGGAAGCAGAGUGGUACUGGGGAGACAUAUCAAGGGAAGAGGUGAAUGAUAAGCUGAGAGACAUGCCUGAUGGGACAUUCCUAGUUCGGGACGCCUCCACCAAAAUGCAGGGUGACUACACACUAACACUGAGGAAAGGGGGCAACAACAAGUUAAUCAAGAUCUACCACCGGGAUGGGAAGUACGGUUUCUCAGACCCCCUGACGUUUGGUUCUGUUGUGGAGCUGAUCAAUCACUAUAGACAUGAAUCCCUGGCCCAGUACAACACCAAGCUAGACGUCAAACUCAUGUUCCCCAUCUCACACUACCAGCAGGACCAGCUGGUGAAAGAGGACAACAUUGACGCGGUGGGGAAGAAACUCCAAGAAUAUCACAAUCAAUACCAAGAGAAGAGCAAGGAGUAUGACCGGCUUUAUGAGGACUACACAAAGACUUCACAGGAGAUUCAGAUGAAGAGGACGGCCAUCGAGGCCUUCAACGAGACCAUCAAGAUCUUUGAGGAGCAGUGUCACACACAGGAACGCUACAGCAAGGACUACAUGGAGCGCUUCCGCCGGGAGGGUAACGACAAGGAGAUUGAGAGGAUCAUGAUGAACUAUGAGAAGCUAAAGUCUCGUCUGGGGGAGAUCCACGACAGUAAGAUUAGUCUGGAGCAGGAUCUGAAGACUCAGGCUCUGGACAACAGAGAGACGGACAAGAAGAUGAACAGCCUCAAACCUGACCUCAUCCAGCUCCGCAAGAUCCGGGACCAGUACCUGGUCUGGCUCAAUCACAAAGGAGUGCGUCAGAAACGAAUUAAUGAGUGGCUGGGGAUCAAGAACGAGAACACAGAUGAAGGGUACUUUGUCAGUACAGAGGAGGAUGACAACCUGCCACACUAUGAUGAAAAGACCUGGUUUGUAGGAGACCUGAACAGAACCCAGUCUGAAGACCUCCUACUGGGCAAACCUGACGGAGCUUUCCUCAUUAGAGAGAGUAGCAAGAAAGGCUGCUAUGCAUGCUCUGUAGUUGUGGAGGGUGAGGUGAAGCACUGUGUGAUUUUCAGCACACCGAAGGGCUACGGCUUCGCUGAACCUUACAACCUUUACAGCUCUCUGAAAGACCUAGUCCUGCACUACCACCAGACCUCCCUGGUCCAGCACAACGACUCCCUCAAUGUCUGCCUGGCCUACCCGGUCUACACACAGAUGCCCUCCUCCUCCGGCCCUUCCCCACGGAGAUGAGCCCCCCCCGCCCAGAGCCCCAACAGACUACCCACCCUACCUACCCAGCCCCAGGAGGGAUGAGGGGACAGGGGACAGGGUUGGGGGGUACAGGGGUCAGCCUCAUAAUCCAAACUAGUACCCAGAACCUGAGAAAAACACCUGAGAGAGGGGAAAAAAGCAACAUAAACACUUGCUGCAACACACGUCAGCCACCUUGGAGUUAUAUAUAUUUUUACUAGAACAAUUGGAGGGCAUUCUUUGUAAAGACUGCUUGAUUUGCACAAGGAAGUUUUAAAUGUUUGUGAAUGUGAAAAAACGUAAGGAAAGGAGAAGAGCCGAGUUUCAGGUGACCUAAACUCCAGCCGGGACUCUUUUACAGAAAAACAUCAUCAUGAAAACACUCCAUUCUGAGGCUUUGUUUCCCGUCGUCCGUCUGUUUGCCCAAAUGAUUCUUUUAUUUCAUUCCUUUUACUUUUUUUUACAGAGUUUGUUACCUUAAUUUCUUUUCAUUUGGACAGUUAAUUUUGUUUACUGCUUAUUUGCUAAAUGCAAGAGAUGAUGAUGUCGAGUGUUCUCUGUCCCUCUCUAUAUGAGAAGCAAAAAUAAUGUAGCACAACAAAUGAAGGACAGUUGUUCAGAGUGUUUCUCCAUAUAGACUGCUGCUGAAGGGUUGGGGAGGGGAGGGGAGGGGGAAUGGGGAGGACGAUAGGAGCAGACGGUGGAAGGGAGGGAAGAGUCGAAAGGGGCCACAUGCGGGAGUAAAAAAAGGGUUUGUCGUCUUAAAAGAAAAACGCUUUUAUAUUAAGCAGAGAUGGAGAGUGAGUUUGUUUUCUUGCUUGGCUGGAUCCUAUUUCCUUUGACACAUUGUAAGUUACGGUAACGUUACAAUCACGAUGUUACAGUCCGUACAGAGACCAAAGUUGGCAUGAGGAGAGAAAAGUCCACCAUUGUGUUUUUCUUAGUCUGUAUGAACGGAGAAGAGAAAAUAGAGAGCUUGCUUUGUUUGAUACCACACAUACAUACAGCAGAGUUUUGGGCCAGUGUUCGUCCACUAUACUGAAAGGUUUGGAUUAAACCAAAUGGUACGCACAGACAGAGUUGGUCGAUGGGUUUGACCGUCUGGAUUCCGGUCACGUCGAGUUAGAAGCACUUAUCUAAGAGGAGAGCCCAGGCAAGGACGCACCGUACGGUCUGACACCAGAAACAAACAACCUUAGAAGCUGAAAGAGGUUUUAUGUGUGGUUUUAAAACAAGAAGGUGUAUGUAUGUGAUAAAGUCUGUUUAAAACAAA